AAAUUAACCUUGAUCUUAUUGUAUCAUUUUAGUAUAAAAAUCAUGAUAAAUUCAAAUUUAAAUCAGUUAGAACUUAAUAUACCCCAAAAAACAUCACCAAAAUGUUUAAAGUAGUUCUUUUAAUAUCGCUUUUGUUCUACAUAAAAUCAUCACAGGCUAUGAUCCCAUCUCUCAUGCAAUUCAAAACUAUUUGUAUGGAAGAAACCGGAAUAACAGAAGAUGAAAUUCCACGUCCACCUUCCGGUUCACCACCUUCAGGUCCCCCACCUGACAUGCCAGAACCAUCUCAAAAAUUAAAAUGUUUCUUAGCAUGUUUACUUGAAAAAGGUGGCCUAAUAAAUUCGUCUGGCGAUCUCCAAGUAGAUAAAAUCCCCAUUCCAGGGGUUGAUUUCACCUCGUGCAAAAACAUAGAGGAAUCAGAUAAAUGCAACAAAGCUUUUUUGAUGGAAAAGUGUGUACGGAAAUUAUUACCGAGGCCUUAACCACGUCCGAAUCACUUCAUUGCGUUUUUAACUUAAUCGCUUUUUAAUUUUAAUUAACAUUUAUUAGUUAAUUUCGGUGGAUUUUAUGAAAUAAAAGGGAAU